GAGAGGGCGAGUUCCCAGCAGCGCGCGCUGACGACAGCAGGUGAUUUUUUUUCUGCAUCGCGCUAUCUCUCAGCAUCUUUCCUGGAUUUUUCCCCCCCUCUACUGACCGGCAGAAAAGGGUGGGGCCGCUUCCCCGCAGCAGAGACAGCAGCGGCGGCGGCGGCGGCUGCAGCAUCAUUGGGAGCAGCGGUGGCGGCAGCAAUGCUCGGUCUCCUCGAGAGGUGAUCUCCUCUGAGCCCUGCUAGGUGGCCGCCUGCGACUGGACGCCGGCGGGAAGGAGAAGAUAGAGCUUUGUCCGCGGCCCCUGCGGCCACACUGCCCGGCCCUUCCUCUGCGCCAUGGCUUAAGCCUGCAGUCACCUCGCCUCGCGUUGCCUUGCUUGGCAGGGGUCUGAGCGCCGCAGCAGCCGCAGGGAGGGGCGCGUCCCAGACGCCCUCGCCUGGGGACCCGGGACGCGGUGUCUCACGCUGCGCAGCCCACAGCAGACCGCGCUCCCGAGACCUGUGCGGCGGCUCCCGGAGGCGUUUACAGCCGGGCAUCGAGGGACUUUACGGACUUUCUCAGUGAUAGCUCUGCCCACCCAACCUUCCCGGGUGCUCUCUGAGGUAGGAGGGGGCGGUAGCUCAGGCCACCAAGGAAAACACAGUGAGAACCAGAUUGGCCGGACGAGGGCCAGGGGGCUGAGGAAGAUUAGGGACUUGUUUUAGAAUCGAGCAAGAAGAGGGAGUACUAGCUCUGAGGCGAGCACCAUGGCGUGGCCGUGCAUCACGCGCGCCUGCUGCAUCGCCCGCUUCUGGAACCAGCUGGACAAGGCAGACAUCGCCGUGCCGCUGGUUUUCACGAAGUACUCGGAGGCCACCGAGCACCCGGGCGCCCAGCCGCCGCACCAGCAGCCGGCGCAGCCUGCACAGCAGGCGCCCGCGCCCCCCUCGGCGCGCGCGGUCGCCAUAGAAACGCAGCCGGCCCAAGGCGAAGGGGAUGUGGUUGCCCGGGCAACAGGGCCGGCGCCGGGGCCUAGCGGCGAGCGCGAGGUUGGGGCCACCUCUGGCCGGAGCGGCCCGGGACCGGGCUCUGGCUCCGGCUCCACCUCCAGCGCGGGCCCCGCGGACUCGGUGAUGCGGCAGGACUACCGCGCCUGGAAGGUGCAGCGGCCGGAGCCGAGCUGCCGGCCGCGCAGCGAGUACCAGCCUUCGGACGCGCCGUUUGAGCGCGAGACCCAGUACCAGAAGGACUUCCGCGCCUGGCCACUGCCGCGACGCGGAGACCACCCGUGGAUUCCCAAGCCAGUGCAUAUCCCCACGUCCUCCCAGGCGGCGACGCCUGUGCUCGGGGCGCCUCAGCGCCGGCCGCAGAGCCAGGAGCGCUGGCCGGUGCAGGCCGCCGCCGAGGCCCAGGAGCAGGAGGCGGCCCCUGGAGGAGCAGGUGGCCUUGCGGCUGGAAGGGCGACCAGUGCGGAAGAGCGCGACACACGCAAGAAGCCUGGGCCCGCCUGGAUGUUGCGUCGCGCCGAGGGGAUGGGGCACGAGCAGGCGCUGCUGCCCGCAGCCCAGGCCCAGGUCCAGGCCACGGGCCCCGAGGGGGGCAAGGGGCGUGCGGCGGCCGACGCCCUCAACAGGCAAAUCCGCGAGGAGGUGGCGAGUGCGGUGAGCAGCUCUUACAGGAAUGAAUUCAGAGCAUGGACUGACAUCAAGCCUGUGAAACCCAUAAAAGCCAAGCCCCAGUACAAGCCCCCGGAUGAUAAGAUGGCUCAUGAGACCAGCUACAGCGCCCAGUUCAAAGGGGAGGCCAAUAAGCCAACCCCAGCUGACAAUAAGGUCAUUGAUCGCAGAAGAAUACGCAGCCUCUACAGUGAGCCCUUCAAGGAACCGCCAAAGGUGGAGAAACCUAGUCUCCAGAGUUCCAAACCAAAAAAGACCUCAGCGAGCCAUAAGCCCCCGAGGAAGGCCAAAGACAAGCAGGUGGUGUUGGGCCGGGCCUCCAAGAAAAAGAGCGCGGAGGGUGCCAGCGCUGCCCCACCUGCUGACAAGGAGCAGAGCGCAGAGAUGAACAAUAAGCUGGCUGAGGCUAAAGAGUAAUGCACUGCACUUCCCUUGCUUCUUCUCUUCCUUUUCUUUUUUCUUUUUCACUAACCAACAAAAAAGGCCACAAAAUUGAUUAGAGGCUUCCCAUCUGCAUGGGUCCUGAACGUCCUAGGAGCUCUUUGGUUUCUUUGAACAGACGGAUCCUGUUUCAGAGACUGGGCGGCCUGCCUCCUGUGCAGAUCUAGAGCAGGUCUGCACCACGGGCCCCUGGACCAGCCGGAGCCUGUGUGCAGGGCGGUGCCUCCUGGCGGGGGAGAAUAUACCUGCCGAGGGAGGCCCGGGGACCACAGGGGAACCGUCCUGGCGGUGCUUAGACAUGAAUGUAGGGCGUCCCCCUCCUGUUCCUCCCCAGGGUCUGUGCCAGUGAUCAAUUUUGAACUUUAGGUAAAAGUGUUCUUUUCCAAAACUCAUGCGCUAUAGAAGCUUGACCUGGGCUUCGGCAAUUGGCAAAAUGUGUGGAAAUAUUUAACAAGCAAACAAAAAUAUUCUGGCCUUCAUGUCAAUAAAAUGAGUUGCGUCUGUUAAGUUUAAGUAAUUUUUUCAUAGACUCUUCUGUUAGAAACACGUGACUGCAUUUAGUUUCCUAUCAGUGGGCUUUAAAUCGUAUACCAAGUAAAUGAUGUGCCACUGAUGACCAAAACUAGGCCAGGGCAAAAAGGUUAGGUGUUGUAGGUACACUCCAGACAUCAUAGGAAGAUGACAAAAAUGAGAUUGUUUUCCUGUUAACUCUCCGCCUAUCCAGUGCUGUGGAUUUUGCAAAGUGACUGGUUACGGAGGACUGAGGAGGAAAGUUCAAGGUGUAAAGAUCGUGUGUUUAGAAUGUGGCUUUCUUGCUUCUGAGAAACACUCAGCAGGAAGCAGGUGUAGUGGCUACUGUGACAAUGCCUGGGCUCUGCUUGCUCUGUUCCUCAGAGAGGACAGGAGAUGCUGAACUUCAGGUUAUGGGAAAUUUCUAUGACUUAGCCUAAGACGAGGACAGCUCCCUGCUAUAUGAUUAGCAAGCGUUUUUGACCUCAUUUCUGAAUAAAAGCAGCUCUCCCUGCAUUGUGUGUCUCGUGUCUGUGUGGCUAAAGCUGCCGGUGGCAGCAGUGCCACCUUAGCUGUGCUAGAGUUGUGCUGUAGGCAUUAGCCAGGGAGUUGUGGAAAGACCCCACAUACCUACUAGAAAAAUUACAUUUGCAAACCCCGUGGCGGCGUGUAGGUUGCGCAGUACUCUUUAUUUCCCACGUCCCCAGGGUGCUUCCUGUCGCCGUCAUUCAGAAAUCGCUGGGCUGUUGUGUGACACCAGCCUCUGCUCAGGCGUACUUUUCUUUUGUAAUAAAAGUGGUAAUGAGUGAAGUUCUCACGGUCCCCUACCUCAAAAGUCCCGUUAGGUCCUUCAAGUUGGAGGAAAUAGAGCCUCCACAAGCUCUCUCAUCUUCUGGCCAUUCAGGCAGCAAAAUCCCCAUUUACACUAUUUUCUUUGUCACCUUUGGGCUGAUUGAGAAGUCUCUUGCAAAUUAAUUGAGCCUGUGCUAUGCAGGCCCUAUUUCCUAAGAGGACAGAACCUGCAGAAAUGAAGCGCUUGGCCAGGCCUCUCUGCCAUCUUCCUUUCUGUCCCAGGGAAGGAACUGUGAGGAAGAAGUACCGAGCAAGGUAGAAAACGUUAGUGAGUUUCAGGGUUUAUGGAUCUCAGAUUUUGAUGCCUAGCUGGAAAGGGCUAGAGUAGAUCUCGGUACUGA